GCGCGCAGCAGGGGGAGUUCGGGCACGGUGCCGGCUCACACGGGUUCUCCUCAGCCUCCCCUCCGGAAGUUUCCCCUCAGAAUUGUUGGGGUUUUUUUUUUAAAGCCCCUCACUUCCGGUUGUUUUCUUGUCCGCUUCCGGGUGACUUCGGCUCGGCUUCCGGCGGCGUUUCCCAGGAGCGGCGCGGGGCGGGUUGCGAUGCUGUCAGCGGGGGCGCCCGGGGCUGGCGGCUCGGAGCGGCCCGGCGGCCGGUUCAGCGUCCUGAGCUGGGAGCAGGUGCAGCGGCUGGACCAGAUCCUGGGCGAGGCUGUCCCCAUCCACGGCCGGGGCAACUUCCCCACCCUGUCCGUGCGGCCCCGCAGGAUCGUGCAGGUGGUCCGCAGCCGUCUGGAAAAGAAGGGAAUUGCCGUCCAUAAUGUCAGGUUGAAUGGCUCAGCAGCUAGCCAUGUCCUACAUCAAGAUAGUGGCCUAGGGUACAAAGACUUGGACCUCAUUUUUUGUGUGGAUCUGAAGAGUGAGGAUUCUUUCCAGCUAGUAAAAGAUGUGGUCAUGGACUGUCUCCUGGACUUCCUCCCAGAAGGAGUAAACAAAGACAAGAUCACCCCCAUGACUCUGAAGGAGGCAUAUGUGCAGAAACUAGUGAAAGUAUGUAAUGAAACAGACCGCUGGAGCCUUAUAUCACUGUCUAAUAACAGUGGGAAAAAUGUGGAACUCAAAUUUGUGGACUCUCUCAGACGGCAGUUUGAGUUCAGCGUGGACUCCUUCCAGAUCAUAUUGGAUUCGCUGUUACUAUUCAGAGAGUGUUCAGAGAACCCCAUGUCUGAGAACUUCCACCCCACAGUCACUGGGGAAAGCAUGUAUGGGGACUUUGGGGAAGCAAUGGACCAUCUCAGGAGCCGAAUCAUCGCCACCAGGAACCCAGAAGAAAUCAGAGGUGGUGGGCUUCUGAAGUACUGCAAUCUCCUGGUGAGGGGGUUUAAGCCCAAGUCGGAAGUAGAUAUGAAGGCGCUACAGAGAUACAUGUGCUCCAGGUUUUUCAUAGACUUUUCUGACAUUGGAGAACAGCAGCGGAAGCUUGAGUGUUACCUUCAGAGUCACUUUGUUGGGAUGGAGAGCAAAAGGUAUGACUGCCUAAUGACCCUGCACCGGGUGGUGAAUGAGAGUACAGUGUGCCUGAUGGGACACGAAAGGAGGCAAACUCUGAACCUCAUUGCCAUGCUGGCUGUGAGGGUGCUGGCUGAGCAGAACAUCAUCCCGACAGUAACCAAUGUGACCUGCUACUAUCAGCCAGCACCGUACGUCAGCGAAAUAAACUUCAACUACUACGUCACCCAUGUGCAACCCCUUCGGCCUUGCAGUCACUCCUACCCAACAUGGCUUCCUUGUAACUGAGCAUGGACAACACUCGCCAGGAUCUGUAUUCCAGGGUGCUCCCUGGCCUUGGCAGCCUUCUGGAAGAACUGUGACAAAAGGCAAUAUACUGGACUCUUUCUCAAGAGUUUCUUGUUCCCAAGUUUGUUUGGAACUAGCUGUGUCUGCUGUACGCUGUGGAGAUUGGAUGUGCAGUGUUAUGGAAACUGUAGAUGAUCCAAGAUGUUUACAGGAAGACUUAUGAAUUAUGUAGGCAAUGGGGGAGUUAGGGGGGAUUGUAGGGUUAGAUUAAAGGUAGAGCUGCACUGCCCUGAAAUGCAAAUCAGUCUGAAUUUCCUUUUCGUGCAGGAGGUGUUAAGGGUUGUGCAGACUCAUGGUUUCUGAAGAUAGAAGCCAGAGUGGCUGAUUCCUUUGAAGGACCAAAGAAUCCUGUUAAGUGCCUGUAACAAUAUAAAGACGACUGUACUGUAAACCUUUAUUUUUUUGGUCAGGGGCUAAGGUCCCUAAGUGCUUGUGUGGGGAUGUCUCAAGAUGAAAAUGUGUUUUGUUUUGGAUGGGAGGGGGUCAUUUGAUCAUUUCUAGUAACAUAAACAGAUGUUGGAUUGCAGGUUCUGUGUUGCUAAGGCUUUUGGCAUGGCUUGCUGCUUGUGAGGGGCCAGCUAAUAGUAUCUCAUCAUAGUCAAAGCUGAGUCACACAGAGGUGGGGGUUGGCAUUGAAUGUAUAUGUCUAAAUGUAACAUGGGACGCUGGGGCUGGGGAAGCACUGCGUUGCAGAGAAUGCUGGGCAGAGCUUUAUGGAAAUGGGAAGCAGAGACCUAUCCAAGUAUCCACUAAAAAGCGCCAAAAUCUGCAGUGCCAAAAUUCUCAGCUAACUUUUGUGUACAUAAACAGCAACGCAAGGGCUGUGUUUGGGAGUCUGCCCUACGUUAUACUAGUACAAAGCUGUAUUCCUUCUAGGGAAUUUGAAAUGCUGCUACUUUUUGGCAUGCAGUGUAGUUUUAAUGCACAAACAACCAGUGGCCAGCUGGGCUAUCUGGGAGAGACCAGGCUUGUCCUGAAGCACAAAGCAACUAAUGGCUAGUCAAACCGUUAACCGUAGCAGUUGAUUUUAUGUAGGCUGGAGCCAGUUUUAGGUCAAAUGCUUCAAGCCCUGUCGCUUCAGUAUUCGAUUCAGUCUUAGAGCUCUAGCAGAUUCUCUUGAUACUAGCCUGCCUUGGCUAGAGAAGAAAUCUGCCUUUCUGUGCCCUUGGUCCUUUUGUCAAAAGCAGCCUGUUUUUCAGCUACACAAUUCCACAUCUGAGCAACAGAUAGCAUUUUACAUUCGUAAUCUCAUUAGAAAUGAAAGAUGACUUCUUUUGUGUAUAAAACAAAAAAAAAAACUCAAACUCCUUAAGUUUGGCUUUAGGAAAAGGUAUAUCCUUUUUUAAAAAAAAAAAAAAAAAAAAAUCAAAACAAACCUUUAUGCCUGAGAGCGUUUUGGUGUAUCUUAUGCAAAUGUUCUGCCUCUGAAGUUGUGGUGUGUGUAUAGAGUACAAACAGUCCUGCCCUGAGUUGUCUGGAUUGCUUAUCCAUUCCUUUGCAACAUCACAUUUUUGAGACUUAACUAUGCAUGGGUUUGUGAAGCUGGUACAACUGAGACAUCAGGCAUCUUCUGCUCAAAAAGAGAAGUGCGCAGCUCUGGGAGUACACAACACUAGUCACUUCACGGUGCUUCUUCAAAGACAAAUAUACUUGAGUAUUUUUACUAACUUGUUUUCUGGUUGUUAUAAAACUGUACCACAGCUGGGCAGACUGAACAAUCUAAUAAAGAUUAGAUACUUGGAA